ACACCCGGGCCACACCCCGGCCACACCCCGGCCACACCCUGGCCACACCCUGGCCACACCCAGGCCACACCCCGGCACAGCCGCUGUCCCCGCGCUCCCUCAGCGCUGUCCCCGCUGUCCCCAGUGGCCGAGGCGGUGGCACGGCGCCUGCGGGGCGGGGUCCUGGAGCGCGAGGGCACCUCGGUGGCCGUGCUGCAGAGCGACACCCGCGACCACUACAGAACCUUCCAGAUGCUGGAGAGGCUCCUGCACGCGCCGCCGCGGCUGCUGCAGCAGCUCCUGUUCCAGAUCCCCCCGGAGCGGCAGGCCCUGCUCGUGCAGCGGUACUACGCCUUCGAUGAGGUCCUGGCCCGGGAGCUCCUGGGCAAGAAACUCUCCAAGGGCACCAAGAAGGAGCUGGACGAGGUCAGCGCCCGCACCGGGGUCGGGAUCCGCAGCUGCCGCCGCCAGUUUGACAACUUCAAGAGGGUCUUCAAGGCCGUGGAGGAGCUGCGGGGUCCCCUGGCCGAGAACAUCCAGCAGCUCUUCCUGCUGCCCCCGCCCCUCGCCCGGGACUACGCCGCCAUCGUGUUCUUCGCCAACAGCCGCUUCGAGACGGGCAAGCGGCGCCUGCAGUUCCUGAGCUUCGGGGACUUCGCCGCCUGCGCCCAGAGCAUGAUGGGCCACUGGAGCCAGGGCGCCCUGGCACCUGAGGCGGCCGAGCCGGACGGGGACCUGCCCAAGUCCUUCCUGCAGGACCUGAAGGAGCUGAAGGUGCUGGUGACCGACAAGGACCUGCUGGACCAGCACAAGAGCCUGGUGUGCUCGGCCCUGCGGGGGAAGAUCUCGGUCUACAACGAGCUGGAGGCCAAUUUCAAGGCGCUAUCCCGGGCACUGGUGAACGUGGGGGGGAAGCUGACCCACGCUCGCGACGUUCGGGAUUUCUUCGUGGACCUGGUGGAGAAGGUCAUUGAGCCCUGUCGCUCUGACAAGUGGAGCCUGGGGGAYCUGCGGCUCUUCCUGACCCAUUACACGGCAGCACCCCGGAACCUGUCGGGCUUCAGGCACCAGGCUCUGUGGGAGCGCUACAUGGCCGCCAUCACCGCCUGCCUGCUGCGCAUGUACCACGACUGAACCCCAAAACUGGGCACCCCAGAAAAUAGGGCAGCCCUGAAAAUGGUGGACUCCGAACUGGGCACCCCGAGGAUGUGACACCCCUGGGAAAUCAAAGGAUCUGGGAGCUGUGGUGCCCCCUUGAAAUGGGGAGGGAUGCCCUGAAUAUGGGGCAUCCUCAAAAUAUGAGACCCCUCCCAAAAGGGAGGGGGGGUCCCAAAAGCCCAACAGCCCAUGGAUGGAGGAUCAACAUCCCAAAAUUCAGAUAUUUGGAGUCCAAGGGAUCCCCCAGAAAUGGGGACCACAUGCACCAGGAAACCCCAAACCCAGAGGAUCCAGGAGUGGCAACAUCUCCAAAAAUGGGACAUUUGGAAUGGGGGAGACCCCAAAAAAGGGGUAACCCCCAAAACCAGGAACCCCCAACCUAACCACUUGGAGAGUCUCCAAAAUCAGGGAUGUCUGGCAGCCAGGAACCUCAAAAAGGGGGAAAAAACCCUGGGGGUGUCCCUACCAUGUGACCCCAAAACAGGGGGGUCUAAUAAAUAGAUGCGAAUGGA